AGGUGGAGCAAAUGAAGCAUUAGCUGAGUUUCGCAUUUCUUCUUCGCUCUUAGCUCUGCAGCCUUCACUGUAUCCGACUCCGUUUUAGUGAGUGACUCAGCUACCGAGUUCGAGUUCUUGUAGUUGAAUGUGAUCACCACCACCAUCAUCAAUCAGUUGCUACAAUGGAUCCUUCAUCUUCCAUGUCGCUUCCACCUUCUAUGCACCUCGCAAUGGCGGCUCUGCUCGGAGCCUCCUUCAUGGCCAUCUCCGCCUUCUACAUCCACCGCCGCACCGUUGACCACGUCCUCCACCGCCUCGUCGAGGUCCGCCGCCGGCCACCUCGCACUUCCUCUACCGGCGCCGUCGAUGCCGACACCGACGACUACGAUGACUUCGAAGAAGAAGAAUACGAAGACGGCGACGAUCGGAGUGGCUUCGGCGGAGAAUUCGACGCCGAUUCGACACACUAUCAGGGAAGCCUGACAAGGUCCGUGGACGAAAGCUUGCUUCGGAGCUAUAGGAUUUCGUCUUCUAUGCCGAACGUGGCUUCUGCGGCGGAUUGGUUCCCGGAGGACCCUAGGCUCGGGAACACUGCGCAGAACCGUGUCUCGUCGCUUGAUAAUCUCAAGUUUGCGCCGCUAGGUCUUCCUUCUCUUCGAACGCGAUCCACCACCGGAGAGAAUGCUCAGCUUUCGAGUUCUUAUAAGAGAAUAGCAUCUGUCGGUAGAAUCAUGACCCCAAGGUCGCCGGGGCGAACUGCUUUUGAAAGUACUGAAGAUUCUGACGAGGAGGGAACACAGCUGGGUGAUGACAGUCGGAUUCCUUUCUACCCUGGGACUAGAGAUUCUUCGAAUAAUUAUGGACUGAAUCCAAACAUGUGCAAUUUAUCCGGUGUUGCUUUCAGGCUCGAUGAUGCAAACUCUGCACACCAGAUGUCUGGAGAGGUUUCAAAAGAAGGGAAAGCAAGUGGCGAUAUGAAUACUGAUGGAACAGUGGAUUCAAAUUCAGCACAUGCUGCUGAAAAAGACCUUGCAUUUAUCAGUAAUGUUUUCCCUAAAAGAAACACAGUGAACGAGCCAAUAAACAUAGAAGAAGAGGAAGUGUGCAAGAUGAUUAGAGAGUGCUUAGAUUUGCGUAAGCAAUAUGUUUACAAGGAAAACCUUCCAUGGAAGGCUGAACCUGUGGAGGCUGACUCUGACCCAUUUCAUUUUGAACCAGUUGAAGCAACACCACAUCACUUUAGAAUGGAAGAUGGAGUCAUACAUGUCUAUGCAAAUAAAACUGACACUGAAGAGCUCUUCCCUGUUGCAAGCUCAACAACAUUUUUUACAGAUAUGCAUUACAUUCUUAAAGUUAUGUCUGUUGGAAAUGUUCGCUCUGCAUGCUAUCAUAGGCUUCGGUUUCUGGAGGAAAAAUUCCGCCUUCAUCUAUUACUAAAUGCAGAUAGGGAGUUUCUAGCCCAGAAAGGUGCACCACAUCGAGAUUUUUACAACAUCCGAAAAGUUGAUACUCACAUUCACCAUUCGGCUUGCAUGAAUCAGAAGCAUCUCCUCCGCUUCAUUAAGUCAAAACUAAGAAAAGAACCUGAUGAGGUUGUUAUAUUUAGAGAUGGAAAGUAUAUGACACUUAAGGAGGUUUUUGAGAGUUUGGAUUUAACUGGGUAUGAUCUGAAUGUCGAUUUGUUGGACGUCCAUGCAGAUAAGAGUACAUUUCAUAGAUUUGACAAAUUCAACCUCAAGUACAAUCCUUGCGGGCAAAGCAGACUCAGAGAGAUAUUUUUAAAGCAGGAUAAUCUUAUCCAGGGAAGGUUUCUGGCUGAAGUAACAAAGCAAGUUUUAACCGAUCUUGAAGCUAGCAAAUUUCAGAUGGCUGAGUACAGGAUCUCUGUUUAUGGAAGAAAACAGAGUGAAUGGGACCAGCUGGCAAGUUGGUUUGUUAACAAUGCUAUUUAUAACAAGAAUGCUGUAUGGCUAAUCCAGUUACCACGACUAUACAACGUAUACAAGAAUAUGGGAAUUGUUACCUCCUUCCAGAAUAUUUUGGAUAAUGUGUUUAUUCCUCUAUUUGAAGUCACAAUUGAUCCAAACUCUCAUCCUCAAUUACAUUUGUUUUUGAAGCAGGUGGUGGGAUUUGACCUUGUAGAUGAUGAAAGUAAACCUGAAAGGCGUCCAACUAAGCACAUGCCUACACCAGCAGAGUGGACUAAUGAAUUCAAUCCAGCAUACUCUUACUAUCUUUAUUACUGUUAUGCAAACCUGUACACCCUCAACAAGCUCCGUGAAUCUAAAGGAAUGACCACUAUUAAGUUGCGGCCCCAUUGCGGAGAGGCAGGCGAUAGUGAUCAUUUGGCUGCUGCUUUCCUCCUAUGCCAUAAUAUUUCCCAUGGGAUUAAUCUACGGAAAACUCCUGUGUUGCAAUAUUUAUAUUACCUCGCACAGGUUGGAUUGGCAAUGUCACCACUUAGCAAUAAUUCACUUUUCUUGGACUAUUCUCGCAAUCCAUUGCCCAUGUUUUUCCAGCGAGGUCUGAAUGUCUCUCUUUCUACUGAUGAUCCUUUGCAAAUUCAUUUGACAAAAGAGCCCUUGCUUGAGGAAUAUAGCGUCGCAGCAAAGGUAUGGAAACUCUCUGCGUGUGAUAUGUGCGAAAUUGCCAGAAAUUCUGUCUACCAGUCUGGAUUUUCACAUCAGACCAAGUUACGUUGGCUUGGGGACAAGUAUUUCCUUAGGGGUCCGGAAGGAAAUGAUAUUCACAAGACAAAUGUUCCCAGUUUGAGAAUUGCAUUCCGAUAUGAGACAUGGAAGGAUGAAAUGCAAUACAUAUACGCUGGUCAAGCCACCUUUCCUGAAGAUGUAGACCCAUGAAAUGAAGUAACGAAAAAUGAAAUCAACCUGUUAUGUGACUCUAUUGUCAGUGCAUUUACCACUGAUGUUGAAUAGCAGCUUCGGCGCUGACAACUUAUUGUAACAACAAUGUAACCUUUAUGGUAGGCCUUAGUUACAACUUACAUGGUUCAGAAUCGAAGUUAAAAAAUAAACAUAAUAGAGAACUGAGAAGGCAGAAGAAGAGCUAGUAUCUAACACUGGCAUUUUCUGCGGCA